AUCUAAUUUAUCGGACAAAUCUGGCCCAAUUUCGAAGUCAUAAUUCGACCCGAUGUAAAUUUUACGCGACCCGAUUCCGAAUUUCGCUCUUCCUAUUCUCAUGCCUCGUCUUCCAAAUGCCGUCGUCCCGUUAUAUCAACGGCCCAGAUCCGCCGACGCCGUACAUCUUAAAUCGCCGGCGAUGAUUCAUAUUACCACCUCAUCGUUUCCGUUAACUUAUUUUUUCUGAUCAAAGAUCCGAUUUUUUUUAAUCUCGAAUAAAAUUCUGUAAUUGCUAUGGGUCCCGAUGAUGAAGAUGAAAACCUCGCUCAAUUCCUCGAAUCUGAGGUCUUCUCCGAACUCUCCGAUCAGGAAAACUUGAAGGCAAAUCAAAAUGGAGAUGAGAGUGAGGAAGAAGAGAGAGAUAGAAAGAGGUCGUAUGAUGAAGAGGGAGACCUUAGUGAACAGGAGGAGAAGGAAAAACAAGAAGCAAAAAAGAUUAGAAUUGAGGAGGGUGAAAUUAGUGAUGAAGGAUUAUCGAGGGCAGUACGAUCGUCUUCUUCAUCAUCUUUAUCAUCUCUCGAGCUGGAAGUUGAAGUUGAAGCAGAAGCAGUAUUAUCACCUUCUGUAAAAGAUAAUACUCUAGGCGAUAAAGAUAAUGAGAACCUUAGAGCUGAAAGUAGACAGUUAUCUAGGAGGAUUGAGACUGGAUUUUUCAGCCAGAUCCCUCCUGAACUGUUCUUUCACAUCCUCAAGUUCCUCUCCUCUGAGGAUCUUGUUUCUUGCUCAUUGGUCUGUAGCUUCCUAAAUAUUGCUGCUUCAGAUGAAUCCUUGUGGCGUCGCUUGUAUUGUAUGAGGUGGGGUCUAGUGCUUCCUAAAAAGCCAAGGGAGAGUGCUUGGAAGAAGCUUUAUAUCCAGCGUGAUGAAGAUGAUAUGGCAGCCUUCGUGAAGAAUUGCCCAUCUGAAUUCAAAGAAUAUUACAUCCAGAUGCAAGUGGCGAAGAGAAGUCAAGCACCUCAUCCUUCUCAGGUGAACGAUGACCGUAUAAUCCUUGACAAGACACUUGCGGAUCAAGUCUCUAUGUGGAAGAGCAGCAGAGGCCUGGCUGAUACAGUGGUAGUCAAUCAUGCAUGCACUGGGGAAAGCUGCACAUACUAUCAAAUCGGAGAUGUGUUUGUUUGUGAGAAAACUGGCAAUGUUCAUGUUUGUGAUGAUACAUGCAAAGAAGUUAGUAUGGACCCCGCGAAUGAGCUCUUGGUCUGCACCAUCUCAGGCCGCUGUUUUGAAAGAUUACUCUGUGCAGAUGAAAUGGAACCUGAUGCUGAACAGCAGCAAGUUGGUGUGACUGAUGAAGCAGAGCCUUUCAUGGGAUCUGGACGCUUUGCUCGGGCAUAUCUACUUGGAUAUAAUUGUGAAGACGAAAAGGAGCUGGAAGAUGCAUUGAGGUUUUGUUGAUCUAUUUUCAUCCCUACAGUUUUCAUGUAUAGACCUUCUGGCCUCCUGUGAAGUGGGCAUGUAAAUGGGUCAACAGAGAGAUUGAAUUUAUUUUGAAGCUUUUAUUCAAUGUACUGUAGUUUUAUAUAUAGUAAUAUUAAUCUAAAUUGUACCAUAUGAGUCCUCGAUAUUAAAUUUAGUGAGAGAUGAAGUUAGUAAUCUAUACCACCAUAACCAAUUUAUUUCCUAGGAAAGAACGACGGGGGCAAAUCUAUGCCAAGAAUGGAAAGAUUUAACACCACGUAUAGGUGAAGCCUGACCGUUUAAAAGGCGUUUUCAAAUAAUUUUGCAUUUUAAUAAUUUUAUAGUGAUGAAUAAUGUUAGAAAAAAUGGUUUUUGUACAGAUUUUAUAGUUUCAUUUUGUGUAAGUGGACUUUCAUGAAUAUUUAGACAAGUCAAAUGAAAUAUAUUCAUGCAAUAGACGUGUUAGAACUU